CGAACGAAUUGAGAAAAUUGGUGCGUCCUUUCAUCUGCGGCCUAAAAAUCCAAUAUCGAAACCUCGUCCAGGUGAAGGUGCGCUCUUCGCCGCAUGCGCUCGCGCGGAUCUCUAGAACAGACAUGGAGGAACGUAUGGUGUCGUUUACCGGGCGCGGGACCGGACGACCAACGGGAUUGUCGCACUCAAGAAGAUCAGAUUGGAGGCGGAGGACGAGGGGGUUCCCAGUACGGCUAUUCGCGAGAUCAGUCUGCUGAAAGAGCUCGACGACGACAACAUCGUGAGGCUUCUCAAUAUCGUGCAUGCCGACCAGAAACUCUUCCUCGUCUUCGAGUUCCUCGAGAUGGACUUGAAACGCUUCAUGGAGGAGGCUAACCGGGAAAACUCGCCAAUUUCCCCUGUUCUGGUCAAGGUGAGCUCGGAAGUGCACCAUCAUGAUUCACCUUCGCGUACGCACGCGACGAUUAUGUUCCAAACCUCUGCCCUGCCCGAUUUCUGACCCGCUCCUGGUGGUUGUUCGAUCACGUGGUCGCAUUCCACGCGACGCGUUGUGGUCUGUUGACGCGCCCUGCUGACUGACUGUUCCAGAAAUUCACCUAUCAGCUUAACCAGGGACUGGUGUACUGCCACUCACGGAGAAUUCUUCAUCGCGAUCUCAAGCCUCAGAAUCUGUUGAUCGACAAGUAUGACAAUCUGAAGCUCGCCGACUUUGGGCUGGCUCGGGCGUUUGGGUUGCCUAUGAGGACGUACACGCAUGAGGUUGUCACUCUCUGGUAUCGGGCCCCGAAGUCUUGCUCGGCUCUCGUCAUUACGCUACGGGCAUCGACAUGUGGUCGGUGGGGUGCAUCUUUGCCGAAAUGGCCAUGGCAGGGCAGCCUCUCUUCCCCGGUGACUCUGAAAUCGACCAGAUCUUCAAGAUCUUCAGG